CGACAGAGGACGAGUGAAGCACAUCACUCACAUCGCGAAUAAUACCUAUCCUACUACCGCGGACAUUCACGCUUACAACCAUGGAUAGUGCAGGCUGGCACGCCCGGCAUCGGGCCAAGAAGGACGACGAGGCGUUACGCUUUCCACAGAGGGGGCCAGAUGGGAGGUACCAGCCUCGCGAGCAGGUAUACCCGAUGGAAGGACCGUUCGUGGGUGGGUUUGGUAUUCCCGGUGCUUCGCCGCCAGGCCCGACGCCAGGUUCAUACCAAGGAGGAAUGCCAAUGCCUCCUGGCCCUAGUCCUGGCCCUGUCUAUGGAGGCACGACGCCGCCUCCCAUCCCACCAAGACCUGGGUCGACUGCCAACAAACCACCUCUCGCUCCUCGACCGAGUGAUGAAGGGCCUGCCCUCCCUUUUAGACCUGGCGCGAUGCCCGGCGAAAAGCCAUGGACUCCUGAGAAGCCUGGAGCAGUGACUGACGAGGUGGCACCCCCACUUCCUGCGCGUCCAGAUAACAGGUCCGAGCAAACCAUUCUAACGUCUCCGGAGUCUGCUUGGUCCCUGCCGAGCUAUCCUGAUCGAACGUCCCUGAGUCGUAGCUCGAGUGGAUACUCGCCGGCGUAUUUGACGAAAGUUCCUGCUGCUGAGCGCACACGGGUGUUGAAGGCUGGGCAGAUGGAGCCAUACCUGCAGCUGAUGGCGGGGCCAUUGCUCCGCUACGAUACUGUAGACACCGAUGGGGUUUGGCGCGGAGCGGCAUUGAUCGUCACUGCUGACGCUGGCUCGAGUUACGACCCCAGCCCGAUUCUGAUAUAUUCCUGGGACCCUGAUCAGGCCGUCGAGCUGACCAGAAGCAAUUCACAGGUGUCUACUCGUACACUGGCUGCUGACCUGCCGGCCCAUCCUGCUGAUCCGUACUCUAUCCAUGUGCCCGAUCCCGCAGAUGAGCGGCCUAGUUCGCAGGCGGUUUAUAAGGAGGCCCGUGGACAAGAAAUAUAUGUCUACGUCGGUAAUGGCGGCACAUGCACCUUCUGGCGUUUCAUGAUAGAGGUUCCUCUAGGGCCAAAUGAGAUGCGGGUCAGCUACAAUGUCAACCGCGGCCAACGUCUGCACUUUUAUGUGCCCGCGCGCAACCAGAACAUGCGUUGGGCAGCAUACUCCUGCAACGGAUUCAGCGCUGGUGUGAAUCCGAACGACUUCUGCGGGCCAGGCUUCCGCAGCGGGUACGACCCAGUAUGGACUGAUCUCCUCGCAAAGCACUCCGAGCGGCCGUUCCACACGCUUGUCGGCGGCGGCGACCAGUUGUACUGCGAUGCCGUCGCGCGCGAGCCCGAGAUGCAGGAAUGGGUGAAAUUGUCGAAGCCGGAGCUGAAAAAGAAGUUCAAGCUCACGGAAGAGAUGCGCUCGGCGAUCGACCGGUUCUACUUCAAUCACUACUGUCAUAUGUUCAGGAGUGGCGCGUUUGCACGUGCUAACAGUUCCAUCCCAAUGUUAAACAUGCUCGGUGUGAUGCGGUUUGUACAUGCUCUGGACCCCGACGAUUUGAUGUCUUCAGAAGUAUUCUCGACGAUCGGCUCGCGAGGCUAUUUCUUCUUCUUGCUGUUCCAAUGCUUCAUCAACUUCGAACUUGACGGGCGAGACGUUCGGCGCCAUCCAUUCAAGUCGAUAAUAAUCGGCGGCGAUGGGCCGUUUGUGCGCUUCCCCUCGCAUUCGUUCCUGACAUAUCUCGGGCCUCAAGUUUGGAUGUUGUUACUCGACUGCCGUGCGGAGCGCAAGCUUUAUCAAGUAUGCAGCGAGUUGGAGUAUCGCCUUGUGAUGGAGAAGGCAUAUGCGUUGCCGGGCACUGUUGAGCACCUCGUCGUGCAACUCGGUAUUCCAAUAGCAUAUCCCCGCAUGGUCUUCCUCGAACAGAUGUUAUCAUCCAAUCUCAACCCUCUGGUCAUGCUGGGCCGGAAUGGAAGUCUCGGUUUGUCGAGUUUCGUCAACAAGUUCAAUUCGGAUGCGGAACUGCUCGACGAUCUGAAUGAUCACUGGACGUCCAAACACCACAAACGUGAACGGAACUGGCUGGUAGAAAAGCUACAACUCUUUGCGAAAGCAAGACACAUUCGAAUCACGUUCCUAUCAGGCGACGUCCACUGUGCUGCAGUGGGGGUGUUCAAGACUCUGCAAAAGUCCAAGCAGCCGGAGAUUCCUCCUCCCUCUGAUUACAGAUACAUGCUGAAUGUAGUCUCCAGCGCGAUUGUGAAUACACCCCCUCCUGCAGGUGUUCUCACCAUGGUUUCUUCCCUAGCUACCAAGACUCAUCGGACGAUGCAUCACAUGGACACGGAUGAAACAAUGGUUCCUAUAUUCGAAAAAGAGCCCAAUGGCAGCCCUGCUAAGAGCAAGUACAUUAUGGGCCGGCGGAACUGGUGCGCUGUACGAUGGGAUCAAGAUACUGGUGACCUCGUUUUCGACAUUCGCAUCGAGGAGGAGAAGGGCGUAGGGCGCACUGUCGGAUAUGCCAUUCGAUCACCCCCGCCACGAUGGCUGUAGGCCAGCGUGGAAAUGGAUUGGCCUUUAAGAUCUUGCAAGGUGCCAGGCGUAUUUAUGAUACUUUAUUCUCCCUCGCGAACCUAUACCAAUCGAAGUUCCAGGGAGCUUUUCUUUCUGUCUGACGUAUUUAAAGCUUCUGCUUUGUUCUUUCAGUGCUUAGAUGGACAUCACAUUGAAUGGCGAAUAUAUGUAAUUGCUUCGGCACCUCCGGACGCCGCAUCAGUUGGCAUCUAACAUGGACAGAUAGUCCCCCGUAACAAGGAAGACAGUCAUGCUCCUAGACAAUCAGUUUUAAUUGCU